AUACACACACUCGACGACUCAGUAGUCACACAGCUUCAAACUCUCAACUGAUCCAGAUUGAUAAGCAAGUCAGGCAGAGUAUGAUUCGGAUAGAUCCGAUCCGGGUUUUACUCUGUAAUAAUAAUACGCAAGCCAUACAUAGAAGAGAGGCAGGAUUCGUACACAUAUAGCCAAAAGACCACUCACUAAUAAACUUUGCACACUUCUUGUUCCAUCCAAACUCAAGUGUUGCUUGUGGUGUGUGUUGUGUGUGUGUUGUGUUUGUCGUUCGUCGUAUAUAGGCAUAUGUACCAAAAUACAUAUACGCUUUUCCACUAAACUCACAAUCUCGACAAGUUAAAACCCGAGGAGACUCAAAGGCAAGUCAAUCCACCACAAUUUCGUAUCUAUCUACCCACCCGUCAUCCGAUUCUACUUCCGAAAAAUAAUUUUCAGCAUGGCGAGGAGCUAAAUACACAAACCAAACCACGACUUUCACUCGACUUGCGAAUAAUUAAUAAAAUUAAGCAGGCGGAGGAAGCCACGAAGGAAUUGGACGAAGGUGGCAAUAAUUUUAAUAUUAAUCAAGAAGAACACGAACACUUAUUUACAUUUAUUCCGACAAACUCCAGCAGGAAAUUGAUUUAUGGAUUAAUUUCGCAUAACAUGAUGGGUUAGUUAAACUUGUGAUUCGUGCAAUAUGUAAAAGUGGGACAUCAACAGGCGAAUGUCGUGGUGAUGGUGGUGGUGUGGUGAUUGGUUAUUUAUUUAUUAGUGGAUGGAGACCUAUAUUUAUCUGACUCUAAAUCAAUCAAAAUGACGAACAUGGUCAUUUUCAUUCCUACUUUGCAUACAUAAUACUCUCCAAAGUUUGGGUGCAAUUUUACAUGAUGCGACGCGAAAAGCGUUUGAGUGACACCACUUAUACUUUCAUAAAGCUGCUACAAGUGGAAGAAGUUAUGAUUUUGUGAUCGAAAUCAACAGUAAUCCAGCAAAUCAAUGCCAGUAAGACUACUACGACUGCUUAGUCAUGAUUUAGUGAAUGCAAAUUCCGACACAUAUUCGAGACUACCCACAUAAUUUGCAUUAUCGCUGAUACAUAUUUAUCACCAGCAGGGAGUUGUCUCUCCAAAGUUUACAAAGUAUUUCUGAAAUGAAUAUGAUUUACGUUUACAAGAUAUGCAAGUGUCCAUCUGCAAGUAUCAAUGUACAGAUAAACGAAUAUGUCUGGAGAAGAAGGAGCAGCAGCAACAACAGCAGUCGGCAUUUAUUUAGUCUGUAAAAUCUAAAAAAUUUGAAAAAAUGGCCAUUUUAGAACAACCUGUUUUCAGAAAUAUUGACAGAACUGUGUGUCGUGGAUAAAAUGGUGUAAUCCGUGAAACGAGUCAGAUUUAAGACGACAGCUUUAAUAAAAUUAGAGUUUUUGGUGGUGCUAUGUACAUGCGAUAAGAAAACAAUGUAAUAAUUAAUUCUAAACUCUGUGUUGUGUUGAUUGAAAAUCAAAAAGUACCCGAAAAGUAAUAAUUAUCACGACAAAGACAAAAUUCACAGUUCUCUCAGCAAUUAAAUUAAAAUCAAUAAAUUCAAUAAGAUAAAUAAUCCACCAGAGUUCAAUCAUCAUUUUCAUAUCAUUGUGAUCUGUAAUAAAAAAAUAACUAAGAUUCAUAAAUUCAGAUAUAAUUUCCAAUUGUUUCCUUUUUUGCGUGCUGCCAUUUGAACUUUCAAUAAAGUAUUUAAAAAAAAACAAAGCCAUUCAUAAAGUACACAUCGAGUAAAAAUUUCCAGCAACUAUCGUACCGCAACAGAAACGUUCAUUCGUCAAGUUUAGGACAUCAGCAUCUCUUGGAAGAAAAAUCAUGGGAUGCAAUAACAGCCACCUUCGCCCCCUUUUUCGGCGUUGUCGGCGUCGCUCUAAAAAGGACGAUGUCAACUGCUCCACCCCCAAAAGACAGGCGUCCUCCCAAGCACAAAAUAACGAUGCCGCCAUUGACAGCAACCAUAUCGACGCGUCUCCCGACCUUUUACACGGUUUCCAGUUUAUCGGGUCUUCUAUGCGACAAAACGCGAAAGGAGGCGACGUAGGUUCUUCCGACCAACCGUCAUGUGUUCCAUUGUUAGCCCAGUCACUUUCUGCCCACAGGGAAUUAAGCCACAGUCAGAUUGAGUUUUUCAAAAUGUUGGAUGACAAAGUCCAGCAGGGGCCCGACUACGACUCUGAAGAGGAAAGAAUCGAGACGGAGCUCCUGGUGAAAAGGAAUUUGGACACGUGGCGACGUACAAUUGAAAACGCGAACGCUUCUUGGAAAAUCUCCCGUGUGAGUGGCACGAGUGGGUGUGGCAGCGGGGGUGGGGCGAGUACAAGUAGUGGAAAAACUGUGGGGAACCACGCACCACCAAAAUCUAAUCGUUGUCAAUGGGACGACGAGGGCGAUUAGUUGUCUCGUAGCGGUAUUGAAAUGUUCUGAUAAUAUACUUAUUCUUGUGCGUAUGCCAAUUUUUAUUCAAGUUUUAUACGAAAUGUUACCAAAAUUAGUUACUAUCGAUAGUGAUGCCACUAUGAUACUGGAUUGUUAAUAUGUUAUUGUUGACCUUAUGCCAAAUAUCCCAGCAGAACUCGGACAGAAAUUUGUAACGUGUUUCCGCUAAGAAACUAAUUGUGAAACAAUCACUCCGUAUAGUUAAGUAAUUAAGUAAUAAUUAUCUUUAUUAAUGCGAAUGCGUUGUAAGAAAGACAAGAAAUAAUUUCUUAUCCUGUUCCUCUCUCUCUCUCCAUCUCUCUAAAAUAUUUAUACCGAAAAAUGUACCGAAUUCCUUCCUCAAUAAUAAUGAUUGCGUAAUUAUUUUUACGUAAUGAUGAUUUGUGGUCUGAUUUUUACAUUAUUAAUUUCUUACGUACAUUACAACCCGUGUUUUUAUAUUGAAUGGCGUUGUUGUUAUUCAUAUUUAUGUCUACCUGCCAGAAAUGGCUUAUGUAUGUUCCUUGCAAUUGGUCAAUUGCUUUUUUUUUUAAAGAAUUCUAGCUAACAAAAACUAAAACCUUUUCUUAGCUGUAUAAAAAACAUUGUAAAAGAAGAAGAAGGAAAGACUGAUCCAUAAUAAAAAGCAUGUUUUAGAAAUCAAU